ACCAUGCUAAGGUCACAAAUCCACAUUUACCAUAUUGCCUGUGUGAUUUUAACGUGUGAUCAUUACAUGUAGUUUAUUCCACAUGGAAAUGUCAUGUGUUUUUUUUUCUUUUCUUUUUUUUCUGUAAGGGGUGUUCAUGGUGAAUUGUGAUUAGCAGGCAUAGAGAUAGGUGACAUCAUUAAUAGAGACAGGUGAUGUUUUUUACUGAUUAGUAGGAGGGGAGUAGGAGGGAAGGAAGGAGGGGACAAUACACAGUUUGGGUUUGGAUAUUUAAAGAAUGCUUUGCCCAGGUGAGGAACAAGAGUGAAAAGCAGGGAAGGCCAGGUGAGUGGUGGUCAUGAUGAGUCAUGGAGCCUGAUCAAAUGUGUUUAUGUAAAUGUUUAAAAAUAAUUGCUGGAAAUAUGUACAUUUUUACCUUAUAUAUUAUCAAUAGCAUUAACUUCACUUGCAGACGUAUUUAUUUUUUCUGACUUAUCUGCUUUGGACAUGGCAUUAGAAAAAAUGAAAUGACAGUUUUACAUUAUGAUAUGCAGAAGUACUUGGCAUGAAAUGACUAUGAUACUAAUCAUGCAAAUCCUGCACUGUGAACUUGUUGUGCAUUUAAAGAACACACUAAAACCCUACAGUAAGGCUAUAACAUACAAUAUAUACAGUGUGGACUGGACGUUCUACACCGAAUAUCGAGUUAAGAUCAAGAAGCUCUCUGUUCAUCAAGAUACUUCACAUCAAGCAAGCACAGUAAUUUGGGACAGAUACCGAUGGCAUGCAUUUACUAAUCUUCUUUUAUUCAUAGAAAAUGGCAAACAAUAUGUGGAUAUUUGUUCUAUUGGCAGUGUUUGCUGGGAUACAUGAAUGUUCUACACAAGCGGAACCAGCCUUCAGAUAUAUCACUGUUUACAUGUUAAAUUACAAUGCAAAGGAGAAGGCCACAAACGAGCUCUACAUCACCUCCUAUCUAUCAGAUACGAAAGUGGUUGUCACUGUCAACAGGUCUCCAUUCAAGAAAGAGCUGUCAAUGCAAGGUGGAGAGCGUGUAACAGUGGAGGUACCUUCUGACACAGAAUUAAUAGGCACCGGCAAAUAUUCAAAAACAGUCCUAAUUCAAUCCAACAGGUACAUCACUAUCGUUUCCACCAAUCGGAAGACAAAUUCACUUGACACUACACUGGUGUACCCAUUGACCGAAUUUGGCCAAGAGUAUUAUAUCUUCACUCCAUUGGCCAAGAGUUUGUACCCAAAAGAGUUUGCUGUUUUUGGCUUGCAGGAUACUACUUUAGUUACUGUAGAGUUGAAGUGCACUGUCACCUUUGAAGGUAAAACUUAUAAGCCAAAUGAAAAACUUUACGCCUACAUUAAUGGAUUGGAGGUUCUCUACCUGGAGUCAAAUCAGAAAAAUGAAGACUGCACUGGGUCAAGAGUGGUGUCAGACAAGCCAGUAGGGGUCAUCUCAGGAAAUGCUUGUGCUUGGAAGAACUCCAAAUGUCAGCACGCUUUCGAACAGUUGUUACCUGUAGAGCGAUGGGGUACAUAUUUCAUUGUCCCACCUCUAGAGUAUCAGGUCCUGAUGGACUCUGUGUUUAUUUUUGCUUAUAAGCCCACUCAUGUCAUUUACCAAUUUGGUGCCAAAUCUCAGGAGAUUGAUCUCCGUUCUGGUCAGUGGAAAGAGAUUCAAAUGGACAGGAGUUCACCGUUAGUCAUCUCUUCCACUCUGCCCAUUCAAGUCCUCUACUACUGCACUGGUGGUAAAUUUAGUGAUAACACUGUAUUUGACCCAUUUAUCAUGAACAUUGAACCAACUGAUAAGUUCUGUGAAUCCCGCACCUUAGAGGGUAUGGAGGACUUUACUAACUAUGCCCUUAUUGUUGCCAAGACCAGUGACAUUAACAAAGUGAUAUUUGAUGACAAGCAUCCAUCUUUCAAGUGGCUGAAAGUUGAAGGAACAGAAUACUCUUGGGCUCAUUACACCUAUGAUAAAGGAAGAAGUCACCACACAAUGAAGAGUCCCCAUGCCCCCAUUGGGGUUUAUAGUGUUGGCACAGUGGAUAGGAACAGCUACGGAGCUCCUGCAGCCUGUGGACUGCUGACCUGCACCUACAAGGGUAAGUCCUAUCUCCCUGAUGAACGCUUCUGGGAGGACUCUGCCUGCACACAACUCUGCGAGUGCAACCCUUCCACAGGUUUUGUCGAUUGCCAGAAAUCUGAGUGCAAAGCUGGAGAGGAGUGUAAAGUCAUAGAGGGCCAUAAUGAAUGUGUGGCAAAAGGCAUUACUGCACCUGCAUAUGCAGGAGAAGGAAAGAAAACUCAGACAAAUGUGAUUGUGAAUAUCUACAAGUUUCCAAUGAACAAAAAGGUGGACACGCAAGGUUCAAAAUCUGUGACGGUGGAAAAAGGGACCCCUGAAAUUGAAAUUCAUGGUGCUGGCAAAUAUCCGAAAACGACAGAUGUUCAGACCAACAAGGUCAUCACCAUUACGGGCGAGAGUCAAGUGAAGAAUUCAGUUGACCUAUCACUGGAGUACCCAGUGAGUGAAUGGGGCCAAGACUAUUAUGUCUUCACUCCACCAGCAAGAGGAUACCAAAAACAACUAGCUGUCUUCAGUGGACCGGAUGCCUCUUCAGUAUCAGUAGAUUUGAGCUGUACUGUUAGCUUCAGAGGUGAAACUUAUAAUCCACAUGACAAACUAACUGUAAAUCUUGGCGCAUCUGAGAUUGUCUACCUGCAGUCCGAUGAAGACUGCACUGGGUCAAGAGUGGUGUCAGACAAGCCUAUAGGCGUCAUCUCAGGACAUGCUUGUGAUUUGAACUCCAAAUGCCAGCACACCUUAAAACAGCUGUUACCUGUAAAUCAAUGGGGCACAUCCUACAUUAUCCCACCUCUAGAGUAUCAGGUCCUGGUGGACUCUGUGUAUAUCUUUGCUUCAAAGCCCACUGAUGUCACUUAUCAGUUUGGUGACAAAUCUCAGGUCAUUAAUCUCAGCGCUGGUCAGUGGAAAGCACUUCCAAUGGGUAAGAAUACACCAUUAGUCAUCUCUUCCACACAGCCCAUUCAAGUCCUCUACUACUGCAAUGGUGGCAGAUUUAGUGAUGGCUCUGUAUUUGACCCCUUUAUCAUGAAUAUUGUACCCACUGACAAGUUCUGUCAGGCCAACGUCCUAGGAGAUAUGGACGGCUUGAAUAACUAUGCCCUUAUUGUUGCCAAUACCAAGGACAUUAAUGAAGUGCAAUUUGAUAACAAGCGUCCAUCCUUCAAGUGGCAGCAAGUCCAAGGGACAGAAUACUCUUGGGCUCCUUACACCUAUGAGAAAGGAAAAGGUCACCACAUUGUGCUGCAUCCCUCUGCUCCCAUCAAGGUCUACAGUGUGGGCACAGCAAAACAAAAUGGUUAUGGAGCUCCUGCCUCUUGUGCUCGAUUUUCAGGAUUUCGUCUGAAAAAUUGAGGAGAUAGGCUAAUGAACGGAAUAUUGAUCUUACUCAUCUUGAGUUGACUUGGAAGUCUUAGGAAUUCUGGACUCAAGAGAUUUGCUGGAAUGGAAACCAUAUCUCUGCUUUACCUUUGGUGGCUAUAGAAUCAAAUGAACAUGGGAAUGGUGCCUUUAGUGUCUAUUCUUUUCUACUGUAUUACUUUCUUAAUUUUACAUUUAAAAAGGGAAGUUAGCUUUAAUUCUUCGUGUUACCAUAUCAACUUAUGUUAAAGGGUUCAGUGCGUAUUGUCCAAAAUUGAUUAGGUGUGUACAUUCGAUUUUCCGUGUACAAAAUGGACAUCACUUCUAGCCCUAGAAAUGUGACAAAAGGGAAAAAAGGUUCACAAGAACUUGCUAUAAGCAGUUAAAAACAGUUUUAAGUGUGACAUUUUUUUAAACUUUCCUCCAGUGUUCAGAUCAAAUCUGACCGAUUUACAACUUUCCUAAAUCAUAAAUAUAGUGUUUUUCAUCUGAUUGCCUCAAGACCUUAUAUUUUCCUCCACACUAGGCAUUUCCUCCACACUAGGCAUCCCCAUACACACACCCACUCACCCACACAUCCACAUCCACAACCCCUUCACCCCUCACCCAUCUGCCCCCCACCCUU